UCGCUUGCAUUUAUCUUAAAAAGAUAGCAAACAUUUGAGCUUUAGACACACAUGGAGUUCAGCACGAUGCGCCGCUCAUGCGUGCUACUUGUCUCCUUGGCCCUGCUCCCUGUGCUGGGGAUGGCCGCCGACUCCAUCGGCAGCUACUGCGCCGGUAAUAGCUACGCCGGCAACAACAAGGCCGUGGCCAGCAUCAACUCCGUCCUCGCCGACCUCGUCGCCACGGCCUCCACCGGCGGCUACGCCACGUCCACCGCCGGCAAGGGCAACAACGUCAUCUACGGCCUCGCGCAAUGCCGCGGCGACGUCUCCGCCGGCGACUGCGCGGCCUGCCUCGCCGACGCCGCCAAGCAGCUCCCCGCCACCUGCAGCUACAGCUCCGACGCAAGAAUAUGGUACGACUACUGCUUCAUGCGGUACGAGAACGCCAACUUCAUCGGGCAGGCGGACACGGACGCCGGCGUGAUCCUGGUGAACGUGCAAGGGAUGGACAACGCCAAGGCGUUCGAGAAGGCGGUGGGGAAGGUGGUCGGGAAGGCGGCGGCGCAGGCGUCGGCAUCGGGGAGCGGCGGGCUCGGGCGGGACAAGGACCAGUACACGGCGUUCGUGACCAUCUACGGGCUGGCGCAGUGCACGCGGGACCUGGCGCCGCUGGCGUGCGCGCAGUGCCUGUCCACGGCGGUGUCCCGGUUCGGCGACUACUGCCGCGCGCAGCAGGGGUGCCAGAUCAACUACAGCAGCUGCAGGGUGCGCUACGAGAUCUACCCAUUCUACUUCCCUCUCGCCGGCAACGCCGGCCGCGCCACCACCGACAUGACCAAGAACACCAAGAUCGUCGUGCACCCUUGAUGCAUUUGUCUGUGCAACAAUUAGCGCGCAUCAUGAUGUGCAUGCGUGCGUGCAAGCAUAUACACACUUAAGUAGAAAGUCCCUAAGAAUGAAGUGAUUUGGUGUUGGAUAAGGCUAUAAAGAAUAGCCUUUGCGUGUGUAACUGGGAAUAAACAUGUGCUACAUACUGCUAAGCAGUUUAAGUACACGUCUGCGUCAAAGCAGUAAUAUUGGUAAGUUAGUUACAUCCAGUGGCCCCGAAGUGUUAUGUUUCGGUCGACACGGAUGAUUCGGUAUGUGGAUCACUCUCUGUUUGCUUCUUGAUCAACUAUGUACAUGUGUUCCCGAGAAGAUUUUUCAGGACGAUCCGUA